AUGGCGACCAGAGGCAUGAUGUCUGAGAACAACUUUGUGGGCAAGCAGACGCUGCUCAGCUGGAUCAACGGAGCGCUGCAGCUGCGGGUGGAGCGGGUGGAGGACACGUGCAGCGGGGCGGUGGCGUGCCAGCUGAUGGACGCGCUUCACCCCGACGUGAUCAACAUGAGCAAGGUGGACUUCAACCUCAAAAACGACUACGAGUUUGUGCGCAACUACAAGGAGCUGCAGAAGGCGUUCACCGAGUGCCACAUCGACAAGAUCUUCCACCCCACCGCGCUCAGCAAGGGCAAGCUGCAGGACAACCAGGAGUUCAUGCAGUGGUUUUACGGCUACUGGCAGCAGGUCACGGGGGGGCUGCCCAUCGAGGACUACGACCCCAUCGCACGCCGCCAGCUGUGCCGCUCCGGCGACUGGAAGAAGUUCUCGCUGGGCUCUGGCGCUGGCCAGUCUGCCACCAUCCCUGCUGUGCGUCGCGGCCCGGCGCCCAUGGCGCCGCGCUCCGCGUCGGCUGCUGCUGCCAAGGUGCCGCUGUCGCGGGGCGCGGGCAAGUCGCUGCCUGGGUCGGGAGCGGCCAGCCGGGCCAGCAGCGCGUCGCUAGAGCAGCUGGAGGCGGCGCACCAGGAGGCGGAUGGCCUGCGGGAGCAGAACACGGAGCUCAAGCUGCGGGUGGAGACUGCGGAGCGGGAGCGCGACUUUUAUUUUGAGAAGCUGCGGGACAUCGAGAUCUUGUGCCAGGCGCCGGAGCUGCAAGAGAUCCCUGCCAUCCGCAUUGUGGAGAAGAUCCUGUAUGCAGCAGACUCAGCGGAGGCCAAGGAUGCCAUGGCGGAGGCGCAGAAGGUGUACGGAGCAACCUUCGAGGCCGGGGUGGCAGAGGUAGCCGCCGAGUGA